UGUGUUGCUGUUGGUGGCUGUCAUCGAGAGCGUAUUGCCGGCGUACUAUGUUCUCUGUUGAAAAAUACUGGUGGUGGCUUAAAUGGUACCAUUCAACAGAUGGUGCUCAAAUGUGUCUUCGAUGAUGAGACGAUUCCUGUCAAAGCGGUGGACGAGAGCACUCCAAUUUGUUAUUUGUCCCUGGAUAUUCCAACUGUGCUUUUGACAACGGAAUAA